CAUCACUUAUCCACAACACAUCCAUUCACAUAAGGGAGGGCUACUUCCAGAGCUGAGCAAGAGUGAUCCCACUCCGUUGGUCCGAGUAACAUCACUUUUCCCUGCUGACAUUUGCACUCACAAGUUUUCACAGGAAGGUUUUUGUGCAAAGCAAAGAACACCAUGAGCAUUUUGAUUUUUGUUUUUGGGUUGAUACUGACUUUGUAUCAGACUGGGAGGAAUCCAGCCAGUGCCGGGAUGUGCUGGCUGCAGCAGGGCCAAAGGUGCGACAUGGUGCUGAUGAGAGGAGUGACCAGAGAAGAGUGUUGUGCUGGGGACCGUCUGGACACAGCGUGGUCCAACACCAGUCUGCCCAUGAAUGAGGUCAGCCUGCUGGGCUUCCUGGGAAUUGUGUCCUGUAAACCAUGCAAAGAGACUUGUGAGGGAGUCAAAUGCAGUCCCGGGAAGGUUUGCCGGAUGAUGACGGGAAGGCCGCAGUGUGUGUGCUCACCAGACUGCUCUCACAUUUCCCGGAAGCAUGCUGUGUGCGGCAGCGAUGGAAAGACAUACAAGGAUGAGUGUGCUCUGCUGCUGGCUCGCUGCAUGGGACACCCAGACCUGGAGAUCAUGUACCAGGGAGAGUGCAAAAAAUCAUGCUCCAACGUGGUUUGUCCGGGAACUCACACCUGCGUGACUGACCAGACCAACAGUGCCCACUGUGUCAUGUGCCGCACGACACCCUGUCCAAUACCAAUGCCGUCUGAGCAGCCAAUCUGUGGCAAUGACAACAUCACCUACCCCAGUGCCUGCCACCUGCGCCGGGCCACCUGCUUCCUUGGCCGCUCCAUAGGACUCCGCCACUACGGCCACUGCAACACUCCUCCACGGAAAGCUGACAGUUUUGACGGCAGUGAGGAGAACGCAGUCUAGAUGUGCGACUCCAGAUGAGGCCCCCCUCCCCCCCCGUUUCAAGAGAUGAGUCGAUCUCCAAGUGACACACCACUAGCUUCCCGAAAUGACCUCUUUCAUUUUGACAAUCACUCCCCCCCUUGUGUUGAUCUUGUCUUUGUUCGGAACAUGGACUCUAUUUAAAAAGUGGACGUAGUAUUUCGGUUGCAAAAUAACCUCGAGAUUUUGGCGAUUUACAGUGACCAUGACCGUUUUCUGCGACUGAGACGACAACUCCUCAGGAAGAUGUUUAACGAUGUCGUAAAUCAAUGAGGAAGUAGGCUCAAUUUCCCAUAGACUUCCAUUCGAGUUUUUUCCACCCUACUUCCUGGGCGUCACUUUUCAAACCAGGAGACUACGUCCAUUUUUAUAUACAGCCCAUGGUUUGGAGGUUAGAGUCAGCAGAGAUGCAUGUGUCCAGAGGUAGAAAUAUCUCACAAGCUCUUUGGGAGAUGUGUGCAUAUUGUAAAUAGAAUACCACUGCUAUUUAUUGGAGAAGGUAUCAAACUCUAUUUAUGUUUUUAUCUUAGUAACAGCUGCAUUUACCCAUGGGAAAGCUGAUGCAAAAUGUGUGUAUUUAUUGUGUUUGCGUUUAUUGUGUACAUACAAUAGUGGUCGCUGGCAUUGGCGUUGUACAACUUACACUUUUCACAGUCUCCCUCCAUUCUCCACAAACAAAGAGCUUUCCCUCUUAAGCUGAUGGAAAGCAAUGCUAAUUUGUUUGGAAAGUUGAUACCACUUCACAGCCUGCCAGUGUGGUUUCAAUCCACCACAAACAAGAAUAGAACAGCUACAGCUGCACUGUACGUACUGAAGCUUUAGUCUGGAAGGUGAGGAGAGGGCUCAGCCUAAACAGUCCGCCUCACCCUCCGCACAGUUUACUCUGGAACCCAUUCCAAUCUCGUAGCCCUCACUCAUCACUAAAAAUUAAUAGUUUGCUUGUGUUGGCACAACCCCAAACCCCUGACAAUACCACCUCUGUUAGACACUUGGCUGUGUUUGGUUAAGGGAGUUUUGAAGGUCAUGUUAGUUGUAUUCCUGUUGCUGUUCUGCUGCUUUGACGUGAUGGAGGGUUGUUUAAGAACGUGCUAGAGAGACAAAUGUAAUCAACAUUGUCUGACCUGUAGGAAAACUGAAUUUGUCUGGGAAUGGACUGUAACACUGAUAAACCUGGUAGUUUCACACAACACGUACAAACUUCUUCUAUAAACUCAAGCAGAUGUCUGGAUACAUUGAAUCGUCUUGAUUUAGUAUACUACGCAACAUUUUAAUGACCCACCUGUACAUAACAGUCUCAUGUGUACCUAUACUGUGUAUACUGUGAACCUCGAAUGAUGAAUGCAUCAGCAUAUUUUUGUAUUUUUGUACUGACACUCCAAAACAACAUAAAGUUUGAUAUUUGUCACAACGUG